AUGGAUUGGUAUUGCCAACUUACCGAUCGUCUCUUGAACCAAGAAAAUAUCGAAGUUGGAUCACAAUCCUACCAGAAUGUUUUCAAUGAGCUAGAAGGCACAGUCGUUGCGCUCUACAAAGCCCUGCUUCUUUACCAGAUGAAGAGUGUAUGCUCUUACUACAAGAACCAAGGCUUGGUCUUUUUACGCAACACGAUCAAUCUGGAUGACUGGGAUGGCGAGCUGGAAGCAAUCAAGAGCUCCGAGGAAGCCGUUCAGAAGGAUACGGAUCAAUACUGUACACUCUAUUCGAAGGAUGCCCUCGGCACACUUGUCAAGCAGAGCCAAGAGGAACAGAAGAUCCUAGGUGAUUUUCACCAGACGCUUCAGGAUUAUAUCCUGGCUCAGAAGAAUAUUCACAGAGACGAGCAAGAUUCCAAGGACCUUCGAGAUAUCUUUGUGGGCGAUCCGCAAGGAGUGAUGGAGAUCAUUCAGAGAAAGAACGACAAAUUGCUCCGUGCCGCAUACGAGUGGAUUCUUGACACUCCGGAGUAUCAAAAAUUUACCAAUUGGAGUGAUCCAGACUCAUGCAGAGUACUCUGUCUGACUGGACCUGCUGGAACAGGAAAAUCGAUGUUGACCAUCGGCAUUCUCUCUGAACUCGCGAGACAGCCCCCCUGGCGUGUCAUACUUCUUCUUUCAGGCAUCGCAACGCAACAUGACCAGCCCGAUGGAUGCCCUGCGCUCGUUGAUCUGGAUGCUUCUAAUCUAAUUCAGCAGCCACAUCUGUUAUCCUAUCUUCGAGAGACUCUCAGAAAUGCAGGCGCAAGCUACUUCGAUACUCCAGCUAAUUUCUGGCCUCUAGCUGAAAUCUUCAAGCAGAUGCUGGCUGAUAAAGACAUGUCUCCGGUUUAUCUGACCCUUGACGCGCUUGAUGAAUGCGAUGAUCAUGUCGGUGGACCUAGAAUUCAACAUGUCAUAUCACUCAUCUCGGAAACUCUCAGUGUUUCCAAGAAGGUGAAAUGGCUGGUAUCUAGUCGGCCGGAGAUCAACCUUGUCAAUGUGCUCCUAAGAAAGGAAGCCUCGGGUGCGGUGGUGGGAGUUAACGUUUAUAGUCGACCAGAGCCUGUCAAUGCCUAUAUCAAACACAAACUCGCUGAGCUCGAGAAUGAACAUAACUAUGCACAAGACAUUCUGGACGACAUGUCAAAUGAGAUCCGCAAGCGAGCCCAAAAUACCUUUUUGUGGGUAUCUCUCGUUUUCAAGGACAUCAUUGAGAAUGAUCUCCCUGACUACGAAGCCAUUGAUCAUAUUAAGGCCAGUCCGCCUUCGUUGAAGAGUUUGUAUGAUCGCUUAAUGGCCAAGAUUCAGAGUAUCACGGCAAAUGAUCGCGAGUAUUGUGGGGCAGUCAUGGCGGCUUCGUGCUUUGCAUACAGACCUUUAGCCUAUGCUGAGCUUCACAUCCUCGCUGGGCUGCAUCCUCGUGCAUCUCCAGACCGAUUCCUUCGGAUUUGUGGUUCCUUUUUGACUGUUGAGAAUGGCAUCAUACAUGUUAUUCAUAACUCUACAAGAGAAUACCUGAACGAGUUCUUUUCGGCAACUCCAGGGGGUAUUGGCCAGUGCCAUUUAGAUAUGAGCAAACGCUCAAUAGGUGUUAUGUCGCAAAAGUUGAAGAGAAAUAUGUAUGGUCUCGAACCAGGUGUCGAAUCACAGGAUAUCAUUGCGCCCGAAAACGACCCAUUAGCUCCCCUGGGUUACUCCUGCGAGUUUUGGGCCCAGCACCUUUGCCAGAGUGGAGAUAAGCUUACCGACGCUGGAGAGGUCCUCGGUUUCUUGGAAAUGCAUCUCUUUCACUGGUUCGAAAGUCUGAGCUUGAAAUCGAAGCUUCCAAGCGCGAUACCAUCCAUUCGAGACCUCUUAAAAAAAGCCGAGUUAUGUGGCCUUAUUUCUGUCAGAUGUUUCAUUACUAACAAGCUUCAGGUGACAUCGAACGAGAGCGCUCAGCUUAUCAAUCUUUUGAAGGAUGCGGACCGAUUUGCCCUCAAAAAUUUGUCAGUCAUGGAGCAGGCACCUUUGCAAAUUUAUGGCACUGCCCUGAUCCUGAGCCCCUUAGCAAGCCAAAUCAGAGCUCGACACUGGGAGGAAAGAUUUGAUUUCAUCAAGGAUAUCAAAGGCGUGGCUAGGAGCUGGGAUCCCUGUCUUAUGACACUGGACACCCCACAAGGCUUGGGGGCAAUCAAAUUCUCGCCCCAAUAG